GCUCGGGGCGGCGGGGUGGGCGCCCAGGUGUCGGAAACCCGAGCCGCUGUGGAAGCGUGACCCAGGCGUGCUCCCAGCCAAGCGGAGCCCUCCGUCACCGCCCCAGAGAGGCUGAGGAGCUCCAGCCCUCACCCGCCCUCUACUUAAGCCCCCCCCUCAGAGCCACCGGGCACUAGUCCGACACAGGAGAGAAACUGCGGCCAAGCAACGGGCGCUCACUCUUCCUCAGCUCCGCCUCAGCCACCCCCGCGCUCCUCCCGCCAGCGGCGCGGGCGGACGGAGAGGAGGGGGUGCCGGUCGUGGCGGCGGCUCCGCGGAUUUCUCCUCGCGAGAGCGGGCGAGGUUUCCGGUGUUGUGACUGCGGGGCCGUAAACAUGGCGGUGAGUCUCCGCGCCCGCUCGUUGAGGACGUACCGCGUCCGAGGUCGGAACGACAGUGGCGAGGAGAACGUCCCCCUCGAUCUCAGCCGAGAACCGUGUGAUAAUAUGAGAGAGAUUCUCCAAAAUGUGGCCAAAUUACAAGGCGUUUCAAAUAUGAGAAAACUUGGUCACUUGAAUAAUUUUACUAAGCUUCUUUGUAAUACUGGCCAUGCUGAAGAAAAGCUAGGUUUUACGUAUGACAGCAUCAUAAUAUGUCUGAGGUUAGCUCUACUAAAUGAAGCAAAAGAGGUGCGAGCAGCAGGAUUGCGAGCCCUCCGCUAUCUCAUUCGAGACUCCAGUGUUCUCCAGAAGGUGCUAAAGUUGAAAGUGGAUUACUUGAUAGCCAGGUGCAUUGACAUACAGCAGAGUAAUGAAGUAGAAAGAACACAAGCACUUCGAUUAGUCAGAAAGAUGAUCACUGUGAAUGCUUCAUUGUUCCCCAGUUCUAUUACUAAUUCUUUGAUAGCAGUUGGAAAUGAUGGUCUUCAAGAAAGAGACAGAAUGGUUCGAGCAUGUAUAGCCAUUAUCUGUGAACUAGCACUUCAGAAUCCCGAGGUGGUGGCUCUUCGGGGUGGUUUAAGUACCAUCUUGAAAAAUGUGAUUGAUUGUCAGCUAAGCCGAAUAAAUGAGGCUCUGAUAACUACAGUUUUGCACCUCAUUAAUCAUCCAAAGACCCGACAGUAUGUGCGAGCAGAUGUAGAAUUAGAGCGAAUUUUAGCUCCUUACACAGAUUUUCACUACAGGCAUAAUCCAGACACAGCAGAAGGACAACUCAAGGAGGACAGAGAAGCAAGGUUCCUAGCUAGUAAAAUGGGAAUAGUGGCAGCAUUUCGAUCAUGGGCAGGUAUUAUCAGCCUGUGCAAACCUGGAAAUUCUGGGAUUCAGUCUCUUAUUGGGGUACUCUGUAUACCAAAUAUGGAAAUACGGCGUGGUCUGCUUGAAGUUCUCUAUGAUAUAUUUCGCCUUCCUCUGCCUGUUAUUGCAAAAGAAUUUAUUGAGGCACUUCUCAGUGUAGAUCCAGGCAGGUUUCAGGACUGCUGGAGACUUUCUGAUGGCUUUGUAGCUGCUGAAGCUAAAACUAUAUUACCCCAUCGAGCCAGGUCAAGGCCUGAUCUCAUGGAUAAUUAUUUGGCUUUAGUGCUUUCAGCUUUUAUUACCAACGGACUUCUAGAGGGUCUGGUUGAAGUGAUCACAAGUAGUGAUGACCAUGUAUCUGUUAGAGCAACUAUCCUUUUAGGAGAACUUUUGCACAUGGCAAACACCAUUCUUCCUCAUUCUCACAGCCAUCACCUGCACUGUUUACCAACGUUAAUGAACAUGGCAGCAUCUUUUGACAUCAUGAAAGAGAAAAGACUACGAGCAAGUGCUGCACUCAACUGCUUAAAACGUUUUCACGAGAUGAAAAAAAGAGGACCUAAACCUUACAGCCUCCAUUUAGAUCAUAUUAUUCAGAAAGCAAUCUCAACACACCAAAAAAGGGAUCAGUACCGUGUGCAGAAAGACAUCUUUAUUUUAAAGGAUACAGAAGAAGCACUUGUAAUGAAUCUUCGAGACAGCCAAGUUCUCAAUCAUAAAGAGAACCUUGACUGGAAUUGGAAUCUAAUAGGGACCAUACUGAAGUGGCCGAAUGUAAAUCUAAGGAACUAUAAAGAUGAGCAAUUGCACAGGUUUGUAAGGAGAUUACUGUAUUUUUACAAGCCCAGCAGUAAACUGUUUGCCAACCUGGAUGUGGAAUAUGCCAAGGCUAAGCAGCUCACUGUGGUGGGUUGUCAGUUUACUGAAUUUCUUCUUGAAUCAGAAGAGGAUGGACAAGCUUACCUGGAGGAAUUGGUUAAAGAUAUUGUCCAUUGGCUCAACUCUUUAUCAGGAAUGAAACCUGAACGUAGUCUUCAAAAUAAUGGGUUACUAAAUACCCUUAGCCAGCACUACUUUCUAUUUUUUGGUACUCUCUCUUGUCACCCCCAUGGAGUGAAAAUGCUUGAAAAAUGUAAUGUUUUUCAAUGUCUUCUUAAUCUUUGUUCUUUGAAGAACCAGGAUCACUUGUUAAAAUUGACUGUUUCUAGUUUGGAUUACAGCAGAGAUGGGUUAGCAAGAGUCAUCCUUUCUAAAAUCCUGACCGCAGCAACUGAUAGCUGCAGGUUAUAUGCAACAAAACACCUACGAGUAUUACUGAGAGCAAAUGUAGAGUUCUUCAGCAACUGGGGGAUUGAGUUACUGGUGACCCAGUUACACGAUAAAAAUAAAACUAUUUCUUCUGAGGCACUUGAUAUUCUAGAUGAGGCAUGUGAAGACAAGGCCAAUCUUCAUGCCCUAAUCCAAAUGAAACCAGCUCUUUCUCAUCUUGGAGACAAGGGUUUGCUUCUACUACUAAGAUUUCUGUCUAUCCCAAAGGGGUUUUCAUAUCUAAAUGAAAGAGGUUAUGUAACAAAACAAAUGGAAAAGUGGCAAAAGGAAUAUAACUUAAAGUAUGUUGAAUUGAUCGAAGAACAACUUAAUGAAGCACUUACAACAUACCGCAAACCUGUUGAUGGUGAUAACUAUGUUCGUCGGAGCAACCAAAGAUUGCAGCGACCACAUGUCUAUCUGCCAGUUCACCUUUAUGGCCAACUUGUGCACCAUAAAACAGGCUGCCAUUUAUUGGAGUCUCAGAGUAUUGUUACAGAUCUAAGUUACACUGUUCGUUCCCCAAUGCUGGACAAGUGGGAAGGAAUUAAGCAGCUGAAAGCAGCCCUUUGGGCCUUGGGCAAUAUUGGAUCAUCAAAUUGGGGUCUUAACUUGCUUCAAGAGGAGAAUGUAAUUCCUGACAUAAUGGCACUUGCCCAACAUUGUGAGGUUCUCUCUGUUAGAGGAACCUGUGUCUACGUGCUUGGUCUAAUAGCCAAAACUAAACAAGGAUGUGAUAUUUUGAAGCAUCACAACUGGGAUGCAGUGAGACACAGUCGUAGACAGCCUUGGCCAGUGGUCCCUGAUGACAUGGAGCAGCUCUGCAAUGAACUUUCUUCUAUACCCAGCACUCUUAGCUUGAACUCUGAGUCCACCAGUUCUAGGCAUAACAGUGAAAGCGAAUCUGCUCCUUCAAGUAUGUUCAUCAUGGAGGAUGACCGUUUUGGUAGUACUUCCACUAGUACAUUCUUCUUAGAUAUUACUGAAGAUGCAGAACAAAUAUUUUAUGACAGACCUGGACCUUCAAAGGACAAAGACCGUAGUCCCUUUCCUUUUUUUUCUUCUAGUAGACUUGUGAAAAAUCGCUUUCUAAACUCUCUUACUCUACCUAAUAAAAAACACAGAAGUAGCAGUGAUCCAAAAGGAGGAAAGCUGACGACAUCUGACAGUAAGUCAUGCCUGAGGCGAAAUCGUACAAUAACAGAACCUUCCAGUAGCAUAGACUUUCCAGCUGGUGAAGAAUUCAUCAGAGUUCCUAAAAUCCAAACUUUACGAUUAGAAACUUCUUUUGUUGGAACUAAGCACGUGGAAGAUACUGAUAGUACCCCAAGUAUUGGAGAAAAUGAUCUGAAGCUGCCAAAAGGUCUUGGAAAUGAAAUUCACCGGGAAAACACAAGCAGAGAAAGGCUAAUAGGAGAUGGUACUACACAAACACAUUUCAAGAGUCGUAGCUUAAGUUUUAAUACAGAUACCACAACAAGUGGCAUAAGCUCAAUGAGCUCUAGCCCUUCGAGGGAGACUGUAGGUGUGGAUGCUACAAAUAUAGAUACUGACUGCGGAAGUCUGAGUACUGUGGUAAGCACAAAAACAGUUAAACCAAGUCACUGUUCAACACCACAGUCUAACCACCUGCCCCUCUCAAAAUCCAACUCUGUAUCCCUGGUACCACCAGGGUCUUCUCAUACACUUCCCCGAAGAGCCCAGUCUCUUAAAGCUCCCUCUCUUGCUACAAUAAAAAGUCUUGCUGACUAUAACUUUAGCUACACAAGUUCUCGAGAUGCCUUUGGCUAUGCCACACUAAAACGCUUACAACAGCAGAGAAUGCAUCCUUCAUUGUCUCACUCAGAAGCCCUAGCAUCUCCAGCAAAGGAUGUGCUGUUUACUGACACUAUUACCAUGAAGUCUGGCAGCCUGGAUUCUCGGCUGACCCCAAGCCGGUUCAUGAAAGCUUUAAGUUAUGCUUCAUUAGAUAAAGAAGACUUAUUAAGUCCUAUUAACCAAAACACACUUCACCGUUCCUCUUCUGUUCGCUCCAUGGUUUCUAAUGCUACAUAUGGUAGCUCUGAUGAUUAUAUUGGCCUUGCUCUCCCAGUGGAUAUCAAUGAAAUAUUUCAGGUAAAGGAAACUCCGUAUUUCCAGAAGAAAACCACGCCUCCGUUUGAUGACCGUGGAGCUAGGGUCUUUGCACCUGAUGCAGGAGGUCUUCCAUCAGGUACAAGUGAUGUUGUUAAAAGCCCUUUUCAGAUGCUCCGACAGCAGAUCAGUCUCACAGAAAUAAUGAAUACUAGCCGUUUAGAUGCCUCUCAGUUUUUAGAAAAUACAGAGGAUACAGGGCUACAAGAGCAUACAGAUGAGAACUGCCUUUAUUGUGUCUGCGUUCAAGUACUGGGUUAUCAGCCUAACAACAAGGUGAACUCUUCAUACAGUCGUACAGAUUUUUCAGACAUUCCAUAUACUGACUGGUGUGGGCAAACCAUACACAAUCACUUAGAUGUGCAUUCCUCUAAAUUUUCUGGAAUUUCAGGCUGUAGUGAUGCGGUAUCCCAUGGUUCAGCUAGCAGCACCAAGAGUACAGAGCUUGUACUAGGAGUAAAAUCCAUCCCAGAUGAUACACCAGUGUGCAGAAUACUUCUGCGGAAAGAAGUCUUACGUUUAGUAAUCAAUUUGAGUAGUUCAGUAGGAACAAAGGGCCAUGAAACUGGACUCCUGACAAUUAAAGAGAAGUAUCCCCAAGCAUUUGAUGACAUAUGCCUGUACUCUGAGGUGUCCUACUUGUUAGCACAUUGUACAUUUCGACUUCCAUCUCGAAGGUUCAUUCAGGAGCUAUUUCAAGAUGUACAGUUCUUACAAAUGCAUGAAGAAGCAGAGGCUAUUUUAGCAACACCAACAAAACAACCAGUAAUUGAUGCGUCAGCUGAAUCCUGACCUCUGUGUUGUGCAGUUCAUUGCAUAUAGACUUUCUGAAAUCCUCAGACAACCUCUGGCUGACUGGAUAAAAAAAAGCUUUGGAGCAUUGUCUUCUAGACCGUUCCAGAAGCUACUGGUACCUGAAGACUGAACUGAAAACUUUUUCUUCCUCAACCAAUUAUUGCCCCAGUCUUUUGAGCCCUUUGGGGAGUUAUUAAACAUUACCAUAGUUUUAAUAAUAGUAAUUACCAGUAUAUGCAAGAGCCGAGCACUGAACACCUCCACAAGUUUUCAUUUCAUUUUCUACCAUAAAUUAAAAA